CACACUUUCAAUGACAGCGACUGCGCAGUCAAUGCAUUGCCAUUUGACUGAUGGCAUCCAUUGUUAUCAUUGGCUACGAGUUUGGCCAUUGAUUUGACCGAUAAAGUGGACACAGUUUACCGAUCGGGAAUCAUCAACAUCGAUAGCGUGUGUGUGUGAGUUUAGGUAAGCGAGAUUUGUUUAUUGUGAAUCGUAAUAUGGACACCAAUAGUGGGCAACAAUUGUUGGCCAGUGAACGCAAAUCGGUUUUUGAAAGACUCGGCCGAAGAAGUGGCGGUAAGCGUUGUGAAAGCGGUAGUGGUGGUGGUGGUGGUGGCGGAGGUAGCAGUAGUGCGGCCAUUGCUAGCAGUUAUGAGGAAGAUUUAAGACAUCGAAUGAGCCGCAAGAGACGCGGCGGCAACGACUCUUCGCCAAACCGGAGGUCUGUAUCACCGAUUGCUCGACAAUCGACAUCAAGCAGUGGCAAAACGGGCGUUAAAAGUGACGACAAAUUGGACACAAACAGUCGCGUCAAGUCAUUAGUGUUGGCUGCGAAUGUUGAUUCGGAUUUGGCCGCCGGACAUAUGCCCAGUGUGUCAUCUUCAUCGUCGGCCAAACGUCACAAGAGUCACAAAUAUAAUAUUAAAUGUGAAGACGAAGACAGUGAUAGUGAAGGUUUGCAGCAAAAACUGAUUGAAAUUCAAAAACAAAUCAAAGAGUUGGAUAAUAGCAGUCCACUGGGCGCUGACAAACAGCCGCGUGAUGUCAGCAGAAGUUCAUCUAUUCUAUCAUCGGAAGCCGGUUCUUAUGGGUCAUCGUUAAAAUCAUUGACUAAAACGGAAAGCAGUGAAAAUAGUGGCAUUAAUUUAAAUAACAAAAAGACUGUCAAAAGUGCGGCCAAUAAGCCUAUUGACAGCACUUCUUCUAACUCUAAGACUCUAAAAGAGUCUAAAUCUAAAAGUCAUGUUUCGAGUUCAAUAUCGGUUAAGAGUGGCGCCAGUAGUACUCAUGGCAAAGAUGUUUUAUCUCGAGAUAAACCCACGAAGACUAAAGAGGUUAAACUUGAUCGCCACGGAAACGUAAGGGUCAGUUUGGCCGAACAGGAAAAACAAAAGAGACAUCGCGUCGAACGGUUCACAAAAAACAGUCGUUUAUCUGAAUCGUCGUCUUCAGCAAAGAGAAGGUCAGCAAAACGUUCGGCUGAUCCAAAGAUUGUUAUCUCCCGAAGCGAAACUCGUUCGCCGCCAAAUAAACGGUCGAAAAUUGUUGCCGAUAGACAUUUGCUGUCAACUGAUCACAAACAUGAAAAACUUGUUAGUCAUAAUAAUAGUAGUCAUCGGAGUGGUAGCAGUGACCAGAAGAAUGUUGUCGGUCAACACGAUGACCAUAGAGCUGAUAGUUCAAGAACUACUCAUUUGGACAUCAAAUUAUAUCCGACUCGCGAUCGUUCGCGUGAUAGCCGAUUAUCAGAUCGGGACAAUGCGUCGACAACAAGUAAACACUAUUCCCGAACCAGUGGUAAUUAUUCACGCGAACCGUCGCCAACACAUUCGACUCACUCGAAGAUUAGUCGCGACAGAGAAUCGUCGAUAGGAAGUGAUUUUUCUCGAAGAUCUAAAUCGGAGCGUAUGUCAACUCAAUCUGUCGACACAAGUAUCCAUAAUAUCAGUGGUGGAAAUCAAGAACUUAAACCAAAUGAAGUUAAAUUACAAGACACGACAAAUGAGGAUCGAUUGUCAUCAAUAAGUACCGAUGAAUCCAUAGCUGAUGUGUUGGAUGUCCCGGACUCUCCCCAAAGCAUUGCAAAAACUGCACAAAGCAUCAAAAGCACAGACGAUAUGUCGCCAAUUACUAAACACCCGAAAAUCAAGACCAAUAACGUCAACAACGAGUCUGAGGACAACUUUAGCGAUUGGAGUGAAGAUGAAGACGAACUACUACUUAAAACUGAUGUCUUUGAAGCUCCAGUUAUCACAAAUAAUAAUUUCAACGAAGAUGUAUGGACUGAAAGACCAAGUGGUUCAAAGAGCAAACGAGAUUUGUAUAGCAGUCAAUCCAAAGAUGAAGACGCAUUGGAGGCCAUCAGUGACGACGAAUUGGACGCAAUUAUUGGCGAUUCUGAUCCUAACGAUGCAAAAGUGGACGACAAGAACUUGUCGGCUAAUCGACAAGUGUUGAAUGCACUGGACAUCGAUUGGGGCAGUUUAGUGGAAGAACCUAAAGUAAAGUCUGAGUUUGUUCCCGGUUCGGCUCGAAAACGGUUCAGUGCGGCCAACGUUCUGAUGAGAAUAGGCUUUUCGCAGGCAUAUGCUGGCCAACAGAUGACCGAAAAGUUAACGAAAUUUUGUCAAAACGAACUUAAAGAUGAAUUCGUGCCGUUCUGGCACCCGAUAGCGGCCGUCCAUUCCGUGAUAAGUGAGCGCAUUCGCGAACGCAUUCAAUUGUUUGGCUCCGAUAGCACACCGAAGAAUGUGUUGAGCGGCCGAAAGGACUUACAAAUCAGAAAAAUGUUGAAUAAAUCAAAUUUCAGACUAAGUGACAACUAUUUAAAGAAUAUCAUAACCAACGGCAACGUUACGACAAUCCCAGUGUCGUCGACACCACAGCAACCAACUACCAGUAGUAGUAGUAGUAGUACCGGUGCUGUCAAUGAGUUGUCUGUUUCAUCUACUAAUCCCAUUGAAACUCAUGUAUCUGACAUUGAAUGCUAUUGAAUUGUUAAAUAUUUCACUUAAUUGUGUGU